AUGAUCUCUUCAUUCAAUGGCCUUCCUCCUUUCCAGGCUCCUGAGCCCAUCCAGGUCGUGAGCACCUUUAAUGCAGUCAAACAAGAUGGUGUUGCCUUGCCAUUACUGUUUACUCCAUUGAAGUUGCGAGAAGUGACACUCAAGAACAGAGUUGCAUUAUCCCCAAUGUGCAUGUAUUCUUGUGUUGAUGGUAUGAUCAAUAUGUGGCAAAUUGCACACUUGUCUCAAUAUGCUAUUCAAGGUGUGGGAUUGAUCAUUAUCGAGGCUACUAGCAUUACUCCUAAUGGUCGCAUCUCUACUGGAUGCUCCGGAAUUUGGAGUGAUGAGCAAGCAGUAAGCUUAAAGCAGCUUGCGGAUUUUUGCCAUACUCAAGGUGCAAAGCUGGGCAUUCAACUGAUCCAUGCUGGCCGUAAAGCGGGCUACUAUUCUCCAACACUAGAUAAAAGCAAGCAGUUGCAUCCUUCUAUCGCUCCAGAAGAACAUGGCGGUUGGCCCAACAACAUUAUUGCUCCUUCCAUUGUUCCUGGAUGGCCAACUGAUGGCCAAUCUCGCGAAGCAACCCUUGAUGAUAUUGCUCAAGUGGUUGCUGCCUUUGGCGCUGCAGCCGGUCGAUCUCACAAAGCUGGUCUUGAUGUUAUCGAGAUUCAUGGUGCUCAUGGUUAUCUCAUCAACCAAUUCCUCAGCCCUCUUACAAAUAAGCGUACUGAUCGCUAUGGUGGCUCGUUUGAAAACCGAUCCAGACUAUUGAUUGAAGUCUGUCAGGAGGUUCGCAAGCAUUGGCCAGAAGGUAAGCCUGUAUUUGUGCGUCUGUCGUGUAGCGAUUGGGCCGAAGGUGGUUGGACAAGCGACGAUACUGUCCAACUUGCCAAAACACUCGUUAAUUUCGGAGUUGAUCUGAUCGACUGCUCAUCUGGUGGUAACGUGCCGCAUGCGAGUGUCUCGCCCCUGCAUUCACAUGAUGCAGGCUGGAACGUUCCUUUUUCUGAAGCUAUUGCAAAGAAUGCUUCUGGCAUGCAUACUGGCGUAGUUGGUGGCAUUUCUGACCCACACCAUGCCGAAUCCAUCUUGCAGGAAGGUAAAGCUGAUUUGAUCUUGCUAGGACGUGAGCUUUUAAGAAAUCCCAUUUGGGUUGGACAGGCUGCACAAGCACUCGGGGUAACUGUAGAUAUGCCAACCCAAUACCGUCGCGGAGCCAAACCAGCGCCGACCAAGAACUAG